AUGCCAGUGGGCUCAAAGACAAGAAUUGGCACUUGGAAUGUCCGAAAACUUAAGGAACUGGGAAAAUUUAAUACAAUAUGUAAUGAAAUGGACAGAAACAAUAUUGCAGUCUUAGGUGUUUCAGAGACAAACUGCACAGCAACUGACGAUGAGAUCAAUGAAUUCUAUGAAUCACUUCAGGAAGCGUUGGACAGUAUACCUCGUAGAGACAUUCAAUUGAUCUUGGGAGACUUUUACGUAAAAGUUGGUAAACAGACUUACACAAGUGAAACUAUUGGUACCUUUGGACUUGGAGAACAAAAUGAACGAGGAGAGAAACUCCUUGAUUUCUGCAAAGCAAACAAUUUAUCCAUCUCAAACACAUUUCAUAAACAUCACCCGAGACACUUAUACACAUGGACAUCACCAGACAACAAAAUGAGAAAUCAAAUUGAUUAUAUUUUAUUGAACACUAAGUGGCGAAGCAGCAUCAAAGAUGUCAAAACAAGACCUAGAGCAGAUUGCAACUCUUAUCACCAACUUCUAACAAUAGACAUAAAACUUCGACUUAAAAAGAUGCAGAAACCUAUACCUCCACUUCGACUAGAUCUUGCAAAUAUGAAUAGCACCUAUAACAACGAAAUAUCUAACCGCUUCUCUAUCCUAUUAGAAACAAUUAUCAUCACCAAAUGA